AUGUUUGGUGGAGGCUCUACAAAUCCAUAUGAUGAGGUCGUCACCAAUACGACAGAUGAGAAUCUGACGAGCGAAAAUUGGGAGCUUAUUCUCAAUCUAUGCGACAAAGUACAGGAGGAAGGCCAGGAAGGGGCACGCAAUGUCAUGGCUGCUGUGCUCAAAAGGUUGGCUCACCGUAAUCCAAAUGUACAACUAUAUGCCCUGUCGCUGUCUGAGUCGCUAUCUAAGAACUGCAGUAUUGAGCUCCAUAGGGAGAUUGCGUCCAGAGCAUUUACUCAGGGAUUAGAGAAACUUAUCACCGACAGGACAACACAUGAGAAAGUACGUCGCAGGGCUCUAGGCUUAAUCGCAAUGUGGACAGCAGAGUUCGAGAGUGAUUCCACUCUCGGUGUGAUGGAGGACUGCUACAACAGUUUACAAGCGAAAAAUUACAAAUUUGAAACACCGCAGGAGCCUCCGCCGCCAACUGUGGACGAUGAAAUUCGUCGAAAGGAGGAAGAGGAACUUCAGCGCGUCCUCGAAAUAUCUAUGGAAGACAAGGGCGGACGAGACCAGUGGGCGCGGUACAACGAUGUUGUGUCAAGUAGUGCAGGUGGAUCUGGCUCUUCGCCAAGUCUACCUUGGGCAUCCGGUUCCUCUAGUUCGUACCAAGCACCAUCAUCAUCUUAUGCAAUACCGAGUUACUCGUCGGGCUAUGCCCCUGCACGGACGCCGUCACCGAAGCAACAAGUGCAGCAAUUUGGUACUGCCCCAGUGUCCUCUACUCCAGCGACCGUCUCACCUCCACAAACCAAUAUCGUCACCCGGGUUCGCGCACUACACACCUUCGAGCCCACGGAACCUGGGGAGCUUGGAUUUGAAAAGGGCGAUAUCAUCAAGGUGGUAGAUCGUGGUUACAAAGACUGGUGGCGAGGCCAGCUUAAAGGAAGAACCGGAAUUUUCCCCGUGAACUAUGUGGAGGCAAUGCCUGAACCUACUGCUGCCGAGUUGGGAAAAGAAGCGGAGCAGGAAGCAGCUGUCUUCGCCCAAGCUGUUAACGUCGAGAAGCUGCUUAACAUGCUGCGAUCACUGGAUCCAGCCAAGGAUAACCUUGCAGACAACGAAGAGAUUCAGGAGCUAUAUCGGUCGAGUAUGGCUUUACGCCCCAAGAUUGUUAAGCUCAUUGACAAGUACAGUCAAAAGCGAGCUGAUCUUGUAUCAAUGAACGAGACGUUCGUCCGCGCACGUACCAUAUUUGAUCGUAUGAUGGAAGAAAGCCUCGCUCGUCACAGUGCGAUGUAUGAGCAGCCCCCUACCGCGGCAUAUCAACCCACAAGUCAAUUUUCUGCGACACGUCCGGACUCUCGUGGACAGACAGCGCCUGCCUCCUAUACCUGGAAUCAGCAACCUCAGCAGCACGCGUAUGGCACGUACCCUCAGUAUGCUGGACCAUAUGGCCCCCAGUCUCAAUCUGUGGCUACCGCGUAUGGCCCUCAGCCUUAUGGGCCUCAGGGACCGUUGCCUUAUCUUGUUCAAGGUCAAGGCCAAUCGGGAUCCCCUCCGGCUCAAGUGGUAGCUGCUCAGACACCGCAAAACUCUAUUCCUGCCCAAGCGCAAGGAGCAAUGUCGAACCAGACGCAAGGAUCCAUGCCUUCGGAUUCUCAGGGAGCAUUGUCUGCUCAAGUGCAAGGUGCCUUGCCCACGCAAGCACAAAGUUACAUGUCCACAAAAACACAAGGGCAUGUACCUGCACAAGCUCAAGCAGCACAAGUUUUAGGGCAGGCAGCACGGCAGGCCGACCAGGCUACGCAACCUCAGUCCCAAGCUCAGGUGCAACAUCAGCAGCAAAUCCACGGUCGUCAAGUAGCUGCUCCCUAUGUUUACGAUCCUACCGUGACUUAUUCCGACCCGAAUGUGCAAGCGUGGGCGCAGUACUACGCCAAAGGUGGGAAAGAUCCUGCCGGCGGUGUUUACUUCAUCUCCGUUCCUGGGGUGACGGACAAUCUGCCGCCUCCUGCUACCCCUGCGCCUGAACCUGAAUCUCAACCACUUCAGCAUAAAUCUCAGCAUCAAAUGCAGACAAACGAGUAUGGCUCCGUGGAGACGCUUUCAUCGCCUUUCCCUACUAGAGAUCAGCAACAGCAACCCGUCAUAGAAAGCGAAGGGGGAAGAAGCCCAGUGGCUACUUCCUCUACACCGUCGUGGGUGUUGCCCAAAAUGUCGUCACCACCAAAGCCCGCCGUUGGUGCCGGUUCCCCCGCCCCGGGUGGUGCUGAAAUGGACGGCGGAUACGGACGGUCACCGUAUUAUUCCUUGUCGGGUCAUAUGGCGGGGAUCAGUAUUAGUGGGGAUCAGACACAAGGCUCUGCUCAUGGGUACCAAGGAGUCGGUGCGACUGCAUAA